GCUCCCUAAGCUGUCCGUCACAGUUUAGUUUGUUACUCCGCCCACUGCAAAGAUGGAGGACGAUAUGUCAGAUUUUAGCAGACCUCAGAUGUAUUUAUUUGGUUGUACUCUGAGGUCGGAUAAACGGGAAUUCAAAGUUGACCUAGAUGACGAAGAUACAGAACAACAACUGUCCCUCAAAGCAGUGUGUCUGGGAGCCGAGGCGGAGGACAAGUUCCAUAUGGUGGAAGUGGAAGGGCUUGCAUACGAUGCAAAAAUCGUCAAAGCGCCCAUAGCGGUCCUGAAACCGUCUGUCUUGCCGUCUAUGAAUUUAGGUGGAUUUGAGAUUUCUCCUCCCGUUACCUUCCGUCUUGUUUCUGGUUCUGGUCCGGUUCACAUCAGUGGACAGCAUUUUGUCAGUGUAAAAGAUUCUGACGAUGAAGAGGAAGAAAACAACACGUCUCCUGUAAAACGGCCUGCAAGCCUUUCCUUAGUAAAGAAGCCUCCGCAGAAAAAAAUAAAAAUGGAUUCUGAUGACGACGAUGAGGAUGAUGAGGAAGAGGACAGUGAUGAAGAUGAUGACGAUGAUGAUGAGAGCGAUGAAGAGGAUGUGAAGCCUCAAAAGAACCUGGCAAAAGCUUUCAAAAAAAGUCCAGAGUCUACGCCUAAAAAAUCCAACAAGAUGCCUGUGAAGCAAAAUGGACCUGCAGAAAAAUCCUCCGCAUCUGCAGCAAAACCCCAGAAUAAGACUCCUGGAAAAGACAAACCCCAGGCCGGUCCUUCUAAAACUUUAACUCUGCCUGAAAUUAAGAACAAGUUAUCAUCAGCAGCCAAGGAGGGGAAGCCACUACCGAAGACGGAGCAGAAGUUUGAGAAUUUCGUAAGGACAUCUUACAAAGUCACCGACAAAAAGGUGGUCAAGGAUCUUUGGAGUUUUUUGCAAACACUGAAGACUGAGAAGAAGUAACGGGAGGAAUUUGUAGGUUUUCCUUUGAGACGUUUAAAGGCACAGUCUGCAAUGUUUCCUACUUAGCCUCAGAUAAAGACUGCAGUCUGUGGGGAUUGCAGAUUCUCAGUAAAGAUGAAGAUUAUUUCCAUAUGUUUUGAUUUUUUUUGGAUUCAAAGCACCCAUCAAGUUAUUCUUCUGAUUAAUUUUUUGAAGUUUUACAUAAUUUAUCACGUUUAUUAGUUAUUCUAUAAAUGAAUAAGGCCCUGUUCCAUCUGAAAACAAAUGUGGCUCUUAUCAGUUUUAUAUAUUUUUAAAGUCAUAUUUAAGCCUCCUCCAGAUGUGAUUCUGAGUCAGACUCUUUUUUUUUUUUUUUUUUCAUUGACUCCAGUGAGAAAAAAGCAAAGCGCAUUUGAUACGACUUUAACAUCACCAUCCAUCAGUUUGUCACAACUUGACAUGAGCAGCACCCAGAAGUGAUAGCAGUUAGCAUGGUGGACGGCAGCUGAGACUGCAACGCUCAGUGGGAGGGCAGGCAGAUGUUGGGCCUCUAAUAGAUGGAGUGGGCCAGAUUGGAAGGCACAGGUUGUACAGAUUAAUGUACAUGCUGCAAAAAGAGGACUGCAUGAGGCGGUUUCCCAGCAUCUGGUAAUCUGCUCCAAUACAUUGGAUUGCAACUUAUGCCUUGGCUUAAGAGUGGAGAAGAAAGAUGCUAAGCACCCCCUCAGACACAAUAGAUGGUUUUCUUUUGAUUCUUAAAACUUCUUCCAUGUUUCCUGGACCUAAACAUGCUUGGUGUGUCGACACCUGUUCUUGUUCUUUUACGAAUGCUGGUUAGUUUGGAAACACUAACCGUGUUAAAAGUAAUGUGAAUAACCGUCAUAAAUGAGAAUCAAGACAUGCAGUGAGAACAAAGUCUUAGUGAUGAUA